UAUUAGGGAAGAGGAGUUUUGCCUCUUCAAUGUGAUAAUUAGUCAACUACCAGUUUCCUGUUGCAAGACAGACUGGUAUGUUGGGGCUGUGUAGCUCAUAUCUGUUUGACAGCCAGCCUCAUCCUUUCUCCUUCGGAAGGACACAUCAGCAGGUGAGCAGCCAUGGUGCUGGCUCACCUUCCUCUCCUCCUCCUCCUCCUCCUCACGUCUCAGUCCCGCUGCAAGUCCUGGUUGGAGAAUCCCAGCCAUCCAGGUGUCUCUGUCAGUAAGACCCGGUCCAGUGUGGCUGCGGCGGGUCCAGUCCUGCAGGACCAGCCCUUCGUCGUGGUGUGGAACAUGCCCACAGCAAACUGUGAGAAACGGCACGACAUCCAGCUGGAUCUGGAGGACUUUGAUAUUGUGGUGAACAGAAAGCAGCGCUUCCAGGGAGAGCAAAUGACUAUCUUCUAUCGAGACCGCCUGGGGAGAUAUCCAUACAUCUCCCACGAUGGCAGGAUGGUGAACGGAGGAAUCCCUCAGCUCGGAGACCUCGCUGGUCACCUGUCCGACACGGUGACGCAGCUGUCCACCUCGCUGCAGCCAGACUUCGCUGGUGUAGGCGUCGUUGACUGGGAGGAGUGGAACCCACUGUGGGGGAACAACUAUGGAUCCAAGAUAGAGUACCGGAGACUGUCUAAGAUGCUGGUAAGGCAGGAGAGGCCGGAUCUGCUGGAGAAGGCUGUCAGAUUGUUGGCAAGGCAACAGUUUGAGAAGAGCGCUGAGAUGUUUAUGAAGGAGACACUGCGGGUCGCAGUCAGACUUCGUCCCAGUGGAUUCUGGGGGUUUUACGGCUUUCCCUAUUGCUAUAAUAAAUACAAGAGAAAGACAGAUAAAAGCUACAUGGGGCGUUGCCACAAGGGAACUAAGCAGAAGAAUGACCAGCUGUCCUGGCUGUGGACUCAGUCCACGGCUCUAUUCCCCAGCAUCUACCUGCCACCGAGGUUAGCGGGGUCUGAAGACGCAGCUCUGAUGGUCAGAUACAGACUGCUGGAAUCUUUGAGAGUGGCCUCACUUUGGCGUCAUGGCAACAAGACCAGACCAACACCUGUUCUUCCUUAUGCCAGGCUGGCAUUCACCCACACCCUCGACUUUCUCAAUAAGACAGACCUGGAGCACACACUCGGAGAGAGCGCAUCAGUGGGAACAGCAGGAGUCGUUCUGUGGGGAGAGCUCAAAUUUGCCAAAUCUAAGAAACAGUGUGUCAUUCUCAAAAACUACAUUCGCAACAUCCUGGGUCCCUUCAUUCAGUCACUGAGGUCUGACACAAAGCGCUGCAGCCUCCAACUUUGCCAUGGCAACGGCCGCUGCGCGAGGAAAAACCAUGGCUGUUCUCACAGGCUGUCCUCAGCUCCUGCUCUCACCUAUUACUCCACCAAAUACUUUCACAAGCACUUCCUGUGUCAGUGCUUCCCCGGCUGGACUGGACAGGACUGUCGUGAGAAGGACGAGAGAGUUCUGGAUGAUUGACCCAGACCCUCCCGUCAGUCAGUGUCCAGGUUACAAACACCAAGUAUACUUGCUUAUUUGUAAGGCAUCCAGAUCUCUGAAGUCCCACCUGUAAUUUUAAAGAUAACAGAAGUAAUUUGGUGAAAAUAAAAUAUUUGAAAAUUCCUAAAGUCCUUCAAACUUUGAUUCUAGAUUACAAAAAGACAAAUAGAUUUUACAUCUCUCUGAGUGCAAAGUCUUUACCACUUGAAAGCUUAUAAAUUUCAACCACAUUUCUAAAAAAAAAAGGUGGGACGCUGUGGAAGAUGUUAGCGAACAAUUAAAACAAUUUUUGAUCAGUCAGAAAACAGGACAAUUUUCUCAUUUAACUUGUCCUUUUUAAAAGGUUUGGUAGGCGAUUCUUCUAGAUUUCUAACCCAGAACACGUUUUGUCACAUCGUCAGUGAAUAUCUCCUGGCCAUCUGCGGGUUGUCCAUCUCAUGAGUAGACUCUUAAAACAAACCAGAACCCUGUUGAACAAAGGUAGAACCCCCGAGAUACGGGACAUGUCAUUGACAUUUCCUGAGUUCAUCCUGGUUUCGGCUGCUGCACAGACACCAAGUCAGGAUGACAAGGUGCAGUUAUGUAAAAACGUUUCAAAAAGCUGCUCUUAUUAAGUUUAAGACUCAGCCUGGUGGAUAAAUAGAGGACAGAUUGAAUGUGCAAUAGGGUGUAAUUUUUCCUUAUACUUGAAGAACUUACUUUAAAAAAAACUAAAACUUAUUACUGUAGAUAUCAGACACCGGAAUUUCAUCUUAAAAAAAAAAAAAUAGAAGUGCCCUAAAAGUAGCGACAUGGAAAAAUACUAUGCCUGUUAAGGUAAUUACAUAAUUCCAUACAUAUGACAGCAAUAAAUUACAUACAGCAUUUAUUACCUUUUGUUGAGAUUUUCUUCAUUACCAACCAUAUAUAGAAACAUCCCACUUGCAGUAAAAAGAAACAGAAAAAAAUAUGGAUACUAAAGUGGAUUAUCUGUUGUGUAGAUUACGACGGUCCCUUCAUCAGCAACAGAGCCACCAGGGAGACUAUCGGAAACAUGGUGUUGAGAAUCUGUCUCCAGCGUCCUUGCUGCCAUCUAAUGGCUGGUAACGUGAGGAUCUGAAGUCAUUUGUAACUGUUUUCCAGUUAAAAUCAUUUUUAAUGUUCAUGUAUUAUUGAAAUUUGGAUUCUAAAUGUAUAUUUUAUACAAUGAUUGAAGAGAAACUGUUUUGGACUGAUAUAAUUAAUGGUUUUUGAAUACAAAAUUGCUUUGUGACAUAGAAAAUAUGAAAAUGCCGUAUAUUAUAAUUUAUGGAAAAUAACAUGUCCACAACUACAAAUCUUUGCAUCAAAAAUGCAACUUCAGUGUAUUUUUCACCUCAUUUAACAUUAACGUAGAAAGCUUGAAACUUAGUUCAGAUACUAAAGCUACAAAAACUUAAUCAGUCAUAAAAAAAAAUCUCAUCUUAAUGCGUUUGUUUGUCCCAUCUUUUAUUUUGUGUUUUCUUUGUACCAUGGAAGGUUUUACUUACCCUGUUUUCACUUUCAUGAUACAAAAACAAUAAUAUGAAA